AAAAAAGGGGGCAGACCUGUAGAAGGUAUAUAAAAGCAGAGGGCUGGGGGGGUGACAGUAUAGACUGGGGAGCAGGUAUAGAUCAUUGUACACUAUGGAGCUAUAUACCCUGGUCACUAGCGCUCUGUGCACGCUGCUGCUGCCACUUCUGCUGCUCAUAACUGCGACCAAACUCUGGGAGCUGUACUGUAUCAGUCGCAGGGACACGAGCUGUCAGUGGCCGCUGCCGCCGGGCACGAUGGGGUUACCCUUCUUCGGAGAGACUCUACAAAUGGUCCUGCAGAGGCGCAAAUUCCUCCAGCUGAAGCGCAGAAAGUACGGACACAUCUACAAGACGCAUCUGUUCGGAACCCCCACUAUCCGCGUAUUGGGCGCAGAGAACGUGCGCCACAUUCUCCUGGGGGAGCACAAGCUGGUGUCGGUGCAAUGGCCGGCGUCUGUCCGCACCAUCCUGGGCUCUGGAUGUCUGUCCAACCUGCAUGACAGCCAGCACAAGAACAUGAAGAAGGUGAUCAUGCAAGCUUUCUCCCGGGAGGCUCUGGAGAACUAUGUGCCGGUCAUGGAGGAGGAGAUGAAGAGCGCCAUAGACGUGUGGCUGCAGAGCGGCUCCUGCGUGUUGGUUUACCCGGCUGUGAAACGGCUGAUGUUCCGCAUCGCUAUGAGGCUGCUGCUGGGAUUCGAACCCGCCCAGAUGGACCCGACACACGAGCAGCCGCUGGUGGAGGCCUUCGAGGAAAUGAUCCGCAAUCUCUUCUCGCUGCCGAUUGAUGUGCCAUUUAGCGGCCUCUACAGGGGAUUGCGGGCUCGAGAUAUUAUCCAUGCCAAGAUAGAGGAAAACAUAAAGGAAAAGCUGAGAAGAGUGCCGGAGAGCUCAUGUAAAGAUGCACUGCAGCUGCUCAUAGAUCACAGCCGCAAGAACGGACAACCAGUGGACCUGCAGGCACUGAAAGAAUCUGCCACAGAACUCUUAUUUGGGGGGCAUGGGACCACUGCCAGUGCAGCUACAUCCCUGAUCACAUUCCUUGCCCUUCAUAAAGGGGUUGUACAGAAAGUCCGACAAGAACUUGAAUCUAAGGGUCUCCUAUCCAAUAAACCCGAAGAAAGGAAGGACCUAAGCAUUGAGAUUCUGCAACAGCUUACAUACACUGGGUGUGUCUUAAAGGAAACCCUCAGACUCAGCCCACCAGUUCCUGGAGGAUUUCGGGUUGCUCGAAAGACUUUUGUCCUAAAUGGCUUUCAAAUUCCAAAGGGCUGGAAUGUCAUCUACAGCAUCGCUGACACUCAUGAUGUCGCAGAGACCUUCCCAAAUAAAGAUGAAUUUGAUCCUGACAGAUUUUUAACUCCCUUUCCUGAGGACUCCUCCAGAUUCAAUUUCAUUCCAUUUGGAGGAGGUGUACGAAGCUGUGUGGGCAAAGAAUUCGCUAAAAUUCUCCUGAAGAUCUUCAUAGUUGAACUGUGUCGCAACUGCGAUUGGGAGCUCCUAAAUGGGGCACCAACCAUGAAGACUGGGCCAAUUGUUUAUCCUUCGGACAAUCUUCCCACAAUAUUCAAACCUUUCAGCAGCACUUGUUAAAAUUACAAAAUUGUUAUAUAUGUAAAAAAAUCUAUUCUAUAGCAUCUUAAAUGUAUAUAAAGCUUUUUAUAACUUGCUUAUUUUAUAUUUAAUUUGUACAGUAACUUAGUUAUUUAUAUUCCCCCAGACUUAAGCACUCAAUGUGGGUUAAAACCCAUAAUUUUAUUUUCUGUAGAUAUGUUUAAUGGUAUUAAAUGCCCUAAUGAAUGUACUAGUGGGCAGGCUUGUAACUCUGUACAUGUGUUUGUAUAUAUGAAUUUCAUGUGUCAAAAUAAAGAUAUACAGGUUCUCCAUAAAGUA